AUGCAUUUAAAAGAGGGAGAGGUGAUAAUUGUUGCGGUCUGUAGGGGGGCGGCUGCCCCUCAGGGGCGCUGGGAGACCCUCAGGGGCGCUGGGAGACCCUCAGGGGCGCUGGGAGACCCUCAGGGGCGCUGGGAGACCCUCAGGGGCGCUGGGAGACCCUCAGGAUCGCUGGGAGGCCCUCAGGGGCGCUGGGAGGCCCUCAGGGAAGCUGGAAGGCCCUCAGGAUCGCUGGGAGGCCCUCAGGGGCGCUGGGAGGCCCUCAGGGAAGCUGGAAGGCCCUCAGGGGCGCUGGGAGGCCCUCAGGGAAGCUGGAAGGCCCUCAGGGGCGCUGAGAGACCCUCAGGGGCGCUGGGAGGCCCUCAGGGACGCUGGGAGGCCCUCAGGGGCGCUGAGAGGCCCUCAUGUGUUCUGAGAGACCCUCAGGGACGCUGGGAAGCCCUCAUGGACGCUGCGAGGCCCUCAGGGACGCUGCGAGGCCCUCAGGGACGCUGCGAGGCCCUCAGGGACGCUGCGAGGCCAUCAGGGACGCUGCGAGGCCCUAAGGGACGCUGGGAGUCCCUCAGGGGCGCUGCGAGGCCCUCAGGGACGCUGCGAGGCCCUCGGGGACGCUGCGAGGCCCUCAGGGGCGCUGCGAGUCCCUCAGGGACGCUGCGAGGCCAUCAGGGACGUUGCGAGGCCCUCAGGGACGCUGCGAGGCCCUCAGGGACGCUGGGAGGCCCUAAGGCGCGCUGGGAGUCCCUCAGGGGCGCUGCGAGGCCCUCAUGUGUUGUGAAAGACCCUCAGGGACGCUGGGAGGCCCUCAGGGACGCUGCGAGGCCCUCAGGGACGCUGCGAGGCCCUCAGGGACGCUGCGAGGCCCUCAGGGACGCUGCGAGGCCCUCAGGGACGCUGCGAGGCCAUCAGGGACGCUGCGAGGCCCUCAGGGGCGCUGCGAGUCCCUCAGGGACGCUGCGAGUCCCUCAGGGACGCUGCGAGGCCCUCAGGGACGCUGCGAGGCCCUCAGGGACGCUGCGAGGCCAUCAGGGACGCUGCGAGGCCCUCAGGGGCGCUGCGAGUCCCUCAGGGACGCUGCGAGGCCCUCAGGGACGCUGGGAGGCCCUCAGGGGACGCUGA